AUGGGGACCCAUGAUGGGAGCAAUUUGGUUAAAAAACGAAGCUGGCGAAAUCUCAAGGCUGGCUUCAAGCGAGGUUUUCGAUAUGUUGGAUUUCUCUCAGUAUACCCCGGCCACGGUAGCUCCCUUCAUCAAACCCAAUCGGACAAUAAGACUGCGAUCGAACCCGUUACGCGAUCUGUCCUUGCGGAAGGCACUCGCUUGGAAGUAAUCACCGAGUCGCGUGGAGGAUCCCUCGAUUCUCCUCUCAAAAGCAGACCGAGCGGGAUACGGUGUCUGAGGCACUCGUUCUCCUUCAGCAGGGCACGUUCUAGUGAACACGAUGCGCCAACUUUCCAUUUGGAGCAUGCUGGCCACGUAGCUCGGGCUAGGAGAAGGGCUGGAGUCCAGAAUCCUGAAGUCGCGAUCGUUCAGCGCCCUCUAUCUACCCCUGAGAUUAGCAAGAUUGUCGACGCGAUCCUGAGAUUAUCCCCUGUCCAACGCGUCGCGCUCAUCCAGCGAUUUGUAUACGACACGAUAUAUGGCGAGAUUGGCGAUAAGUCGGUGCACCUUCUCCACGAGUUUCAUCUCCAUUUCCAUACUAAGCUACCGAUGCCAACGGAUGCUGAGCCGUGGAGUCUUCGAGAAAGAAAAGUUUUCCGCAGAUAUGCACUUAUCUCGCGCCUCUUAUAUCAGCUUUGGGGACUCGAUACGAUGGACGCAGACGUCCAAUCAGCUCUUCACAUUGCGAUGCUUCUCCGACAUCAGCUCUUUCCCAAGGACGAGGGUUCCCGCCUUCCGAAUGAUGAAUUCUCCGAGCAUGUACAUCGGUGGAGGGAAGACGGUCGUCUAACUGACAAUGACGUACGACAAAUUCUACUGCUACAGCCAGAGUACGACAGCGAUGCGCCGAGCGAUAUCGAAGACGCAUUUUUUGACGGCUCCACCACUCCAGAAUUCCACGACUAUCUUCGAAGGCACCCAGACGUGAGAAUAAAUGACUACGGAGAACGUAUUGCCGAUGAGGAGGGCCUGCUAGUGUCCAUGAGAGCGAUUGGUAUAACAAAAUCCGAUUUGGCCGAGUCGAUGGAGGACCCCGGUCGCACCGACUCUCGCGCGGAUGAAUCAGUCAUGGGGUACGAGGAGUACAUGGCAGGAGAUAGACAACAGGGAGAGCUUGCGAUUCAACCACUGUCGAUCGCAAAGCGUCGAAGUGAUAGGGCGAUGUGUUCUUCCCUUCGAAUCAUCGAAGAAGAGGAUGGACUAGAAGAGUCACGCACUGCGCAAUCCUUCUCGACGUCUUCUAAUACUUGCCCGUCUCAGCACUUGGCCCGGCGGAGCGACCUCUCGUUCGUCUCAACAACUAGCGGCACUUCGUACAGCGCGAUGAUCGGCACAGGAGGAACUUUGCAUUUUGACGGGCAGGAUGGUAAUGGUAAUGGUAAUGGUAAUGGUAAUGGUAAUGGUAAUGAUACAAUGGCCAAGCCUUCGGUCGACGAUAUGCUGGACUUUGUCUGGUCUCUGAAGACAGCUCGGGAAAUGGAAAUGGAAGUGGGAGAAGCUGAGGUAUUAGUGCAUGGCUGGCUGAAGUGA